AUAAACAGAGAGAGAUUCCCAUAAGCCAUUUCCACACCACUACCCAAAGAGCUUUGAGGAAGAAGAGAAGAAGCAGCCAACAAUGGAGGAGAAGGUCAAGAAACAAACAAAUACAAACCAUGUUGAAAGGAAGAAAGGUGGCCUUAUUACUAUGCCAUUCAUCUUCGCUAAUGAGAUUUGCGAGAAGAUUGCUGUGGUUGGUUUUAAUACCAAUAUGAUUAGCUACUUGACGAAGCAGCUUCAUAUGCCAUUAACUAAAGGAGCCAACACCAUCACUAAUUUCAAUGGAACCGCCAGCUUGACGCCGCUCAUCGGAGCCUUCAUCGCUGACUCUUACGUCGGCCGUUUCUGGACCAUCACCGUCGCCUCUAUCCUUUACCAAAUUGGAAUGAUAACUCUAACGACAUCCGCGGUGGUGCCGGGGCUGAGGCCGCCGCCGUGCAAGGGCGGAGAAAUAUGCGAAGAAGCCAGCGGAGGACAAUUAGGAAUACUAUACUUCUCUCUGCUGUUAACGGCGCUGGGGUCCGGGGGAAUCCGGCCGUGCGUGGUGUCGUUCGGGGCGGACCAGUUCGACGAAACGGAUCCAAAGCAAGGGACAAAGACAUACAAAUACUUCAACUGGUAUUAUUUCGCGAUGGGAGCGUCGAUGCUGGUGGCGGUGACGGUGCUUGUGUACGUGCAAGACAACAUUGGUUGGGGAUGGGGAUUUGGAAUUCCCACAAUCGCCAUGUUCCUCUCCAUUCUCACCUUUGUUGUCGGGUACCCCAUUUACAGGCACUUGGAUCCUUCGGGUAGCCCCUUUACCCGCCUUCUACAGGUGGCUGUUGCUGCUUUUAGGAAGAGGAAGCUCCAUUCUCCCUAUCAUUCUAACUUGCUUUAUCAUAAUCAUGACAUUGAUGACCCUAUUUCUCGAGAUGGCAAGCUUCUCCAUACUAAACAUAUGAGAUUUCUAGACAAGGCAGCCAUAGUGACAGAAGAAGAUAAGGUGAAAAUGGGCCGUGAAGACUUAGAAAAGCCCAAUCUAUGGAAACUAAACACAGUCCAUCGAGUAGAAGAGCUAAAAUCCGUAAUCAGAAUGGGCCCAAUUUGGGCCUCAGGAAUCAUCCUAAUCACAGCUUAUUCUCAACAAUACACAUUCUCACUCCUUCAAGGUUCAACAAUGGACAGACAUUUAACAAACUCCUUCCAAAUCCCAGCCGGUUCCAUGACCGUCUUCACCCUUCUCACAAUGCUCAUCACCGUUGCCUUAUACGACCGCAUCUUCGUCCCCAUCGCCCGUAAAUUCACCGGCCUCGACCGCGGUAUCACCUUCCUCAAACGCAUGGGCAUUGGCCUCGUCAUCUCCAUCUUCGCCACAUUCAUAGCCGGCUUCGUCGAGCGAAAGCGCAAGCAUGUCGCCUUCACUCACGGCCUCGAAGAUCACCCGGGUUCCACCAUCCCCAUCUCCGUCUUCUGGCUCGUCCCGCAGUAUAGCUUGCACGGGAUGGCGGAGGCGUUCAUGUCGAUUGGGCAUCUUGAAUUCUUCUAUGAUCAGAGUCCUGAGAGCAUGAGGAGCACUGCCAUGGCUUUGUUUUGGACAUCAAUUUCGGCUGGGAAUUAUUUGAGUACUUUGUUGGUUACGUUGGUUCAUAAGUACAGUGCAGGGCCUAAUGGGUAUAAUUGGAUUAGGAAUGAUAAUAUUAAUAAGGGGAAGUUGGAAAAUUUCUAUUGGUUGGUUACUCUUUUGCAGGUUCUCAACCUUGUUUAUUAUAUUGUUUGUGCAAAGUUUUAUACUUUUAAGCCUUUGGAGGUUCAGAGGAAAGUUGUGGAUAGCUCUAAGGUGGAUGAACUUCAACUUGUGAACCCUGUCUAGAUUUCAUUCACUUUCUUACCAUCAUAUACUUGUUACUACUACUUCAUAUCCAAUGCUAUAAUAAUUGAGAAUAUAUAAUGUUUAAUGUAGUUC